GACGCCCGCUAGUUUCCUGCCCGCGUCAUCACUAACGUGAAGCUAACAGCCUCCUGUCAGAGUGCCGCUGUGUGCACAGUGUUUGAGGAGCAACAAUGGCGAGCUGAACGAUUUUUUACGAAAUACUGCUACAUGCCUGGCCUUGUAGCUGUUUCGUGACAACAUUAUUUAUGAAACUGGGCAACGAGGGAAAAAGCCUAGCGGCCUAAUCGUCCUGUUUAGCCUUUCCCAGCUAUGCUAACUGUGUGACUUGGAAGGUUGCUAGCCUGACGCUAACAAUGCACGAGCGAAAAUCCUGAACGUCAGAAAGCGGUGCAGCGCCUGAAUCCCGGCUGUAACACCAUGAAUUUUGUCCGGCUCGUGUCUCGCCACAAGACUGCCCUGGUGCUCGGUGUCCUCUGCCUCUUUGCCACCAUCCUCCUCUUCCUCGCGAAAUGCACCUCGGAGACGUUGAAACCUCCUGACUCGCCUGGCUCUGCGCCACGCGCCCAACCCCGACUUGAGCGUCCGGCUUCACCUUCCGACACCAAGGAGAUCUCUGCUUUCCUGGUGGUCCUCGUCACCACGGGUCCAAAAUACACAGAGCGGCGCAGUAUCAUCCGCAGCACCUGGCUCUCCAAAACCGACCCUGAUGUGCUUGCUUUGUUCGCGAUCGGCACAGAGGGCUUGCCGUCUGAGGACAUGCGGAACCUAGAGACGGAGCAGACGCGCCACGGAGACCUCCUCCUCUUACCCGAUCUCCGUGACUCCUACGAGAACCUGACGCUGAAGCUGAUUCGUGCCUACUCGUGGCUCGAUCAGAAACUGGACUUCAAGUUCGUCCUGAAGGCUGACGAUGAUACAUUCGCCCGUUUGGACUUGCUCAAGGAGGAGCUGAAGAGUAAGGACAGCAGACGCCUUUACUGGGGCUUUUUCUCAGGCCGAGGCCGCGUGAAAACGGCCGGGAAGUGGAAAGAGAGCACCUGGGAGUUAUGUGACUAUUACAUACCGUAUGCUUUAGGUGGUGGCUACGUGCUCUCCGCUGACCUAGUGCGCUAUGUACGCUUGAACUCCGCUUACCUGAAGACGUGGCAGAGUGAGGACGUCUCUCUGGGUGCCUGGCUUGCACCCGUCGACGUCAAACGGUUGCACGACCCGCGCUUCGAUACCGAGUACAAAUCGAGGGGGUGCAGCAAUAAGUAUUUGGUCACGCACAAGCAGAGUCUGGAGGACAUGCUCGAGAAGCACCAGACGCUGCAGAGGGACGGGCGUCUGUGCAAGGAAGAGGUGAAGCUGCGCCUGUCGUAUAUUUACGACUGGAGCGUUCCGCCGUCGCAGUGCUGCCAGCGCAAAGACGGUAUCCCUUGACUUCCCUUAUGAUGUCACAUGCCUUCAGUGUUCUCUAUUUAUUCGUGGUCCGUGCUUGACCGGCCAGCAGCUUACGUGGACUUAUUUAAGGGUUUUUUUUUUUUUUUAAAUCCAGGUGUGAAUAUGGCAGAGCCAGACGCUGACCGGGGUAACACUAAAUGGACAAAAAUAACUGGGCAACAUUUAUUUAAGAUGACUUUAUUAUUUAUUUGGAUUGUGCCAACGCCAUGAGCAAGACAUUCGUGCAAAAUGUCACCGGAACAACAGAGGUGUCGGAGUGCUCAGAAGCGUAAAAAAAAAUAAAAUAAAAACAGAAAUGGAGUCGUAUAUUUGCAUAUUUCAGCUGCUGUACACUUUCUUUUUACAUUAACAGACAAAUUGAGUGCUCACUUCACUAAUGUCACAUCUAUUUCAUCUAGCUCUGUCCCGUAAAUACUGUAGCAGGCAGGAUUGUGUACGUUAGAUUUUUUCUAUUUGCCUGUCAUAGAUUUUUAAAAAAAAGUUUAUUUUAAUUUCGAAAUAACCGCAUACCAUCGAUAAUUAAUGUCGGUGCGCUGUAUUAUUAAUAACAGCCUCAAUUGUUAUUACUGAGCCGCAGAUUAUACCUCCAACUUGUUAUUUUAUCAAAAGUUUUUUUUGUUGUUUUUUUUUAUGCGGUGCGUCUGAUCAUGUUAUUUUUAUCAUAAUAAAAUUCAGUGAAAUUCCACCUCAGUUGACACUCUGCUGAUUUGAACUGCUAUUAAGGAACUUUACAAAAAACGAAUUGGAUCUACGAUGAUUGCAAACGAAGUCCAAACGAUCGGGAUUCAUUUUCCGACACGCAGACACGUCUCAGGUUGUCCUUCACACGCACGAAUUCUGGAACUGGAACAGCAAAAAUACAGACGAAUCUCUCGUAAGCUUGGAUUCAAUGGGAAGUCUUCGUACCGCGAGUAAUCUCUGUCGUCUCCUACUCAGUUGCUGGUCCAGAUCAGAGAGGGGCCUCUGAGCCUGUUCUCUUUCCCGCUGCUGCUCCAGCCUCCUCUGCUCCAUCACCCUCUGCAGCUCACACUUCUCAGCAGGCAACAGCCCCCUGCACACUCAGCACACCAUCACAUAAGGAAAAUAAGUUUUCAUCAAACUUUCUAAACAUGAAUUUAAAUAAAUAAAUAAAUAAAUAAAUAAAUAAAUAAAUAAAUGACAGUUGAUUCCAGCAGUACUCCACCAAUUAGUAAUCCAUCCAUUUUUUCCCUAUUUCUGUUUGCUUUUUCAGAACUUGAAAGUCGUUUUCGUCUGUGAAUUAUGGUCACAAUGUAAAGUGCGUUAUAAAUACAAUGCGAUUUUUGUCCACAUUUAAAGAAUAUAGUCACUAUAUACACGCUGUCGUCCAAAUGCUUUUGAAAACCUGUCAUUUCGUACUAAACAAAUGCCAUAGACAAAACACAAAGCAAUCGAAUAAAAGACAAAUAUCCCACAAACAAAACCUAAAAUCCUUAUGAGACUCUAAAUUAGUGCUUUAUUAAUGCUCCACCAUCUGGCCAAAAGUUUGAGAACACCUGACCAUCACACUCAUAUGUGCAUCUUGAACAUGCCAUUCCAGAUCAAGUCCCUGCUUUGCUGUUAUAAUACCCACCACUAUUCUGGGAAGGCUUUACACUAGAUUUGGAAGCGUGCCUGUGGGGAUUUGUGUUCAUUCAGCCAUAAGAGCGUUAGUGACGUCAGGCGAGGAGGCCUGGGGUGCAAGAGGCAUUCCAGUUCAUCCCAAAAGGUGUUCAGUGGAGUUGAGGUCAGGGUUCUAUGCAGGACACUGAGGUUCCUCCAUUCCAGCCUUCUCAAAACAUAUCUUCAUAGAGCUAGCUUUGUGCACAGGGGCAUUGCCAUGCUGGAACAUGUUUGGGCGUCUUAGUCCCAGUGAAGGGAAACUGUAAUACUACAGCAUACAAAGGCGUCCUAUACAAUUGUGGGCUUCAAACUUGCAGCAACAGUUUAGGGAAGAACCACAUAUGGGUGUGAUGGUCAGGUGUCCACAAACUUUUGGCCAUUUAGUGUAGGUGCAGUUGAAGGGUAAAGCAGUUAAAGUGCUGGGGACAAGAUUGUGUUAAAAAAAAAAAAACAACAACUGCGUGAUCACUUGGAAGAGAAUAAAGAAUUUAUAUUACAGAAAUGUCGACCUUCUGAAAAGUUGUAAAGCACCUGGUCUUAGUUUGAUGAAUGAUGAUUGGCAUCUAAACCUGUUCUUGAAACAGCAUACCAUUUUAUGCAGCACUAAUGGCAGUGGCCUCUUUCAGCAGGAUAAUGCAUUCUGCCACACUGCAAAAAUUGUUCAGGGAUGGUUUGAGGAACAUGACAAAGAGCUCAAGAUGUUGACUUGGCCUCCAAAUUCAAUCUGAUCGAGCAUCUGUGGGAUGUUCUGGACAAACAAGUCCGAUCCAUGGAGACCAAACCUCGCACCAUACAGGACUUAAAGGAUCUGCUGCUAACGUCUUGGUGCCAGAUACCACAGCGCACCUUCAGAGGUCUUGUGGAGUCCAUGCCUCAACGUGUCAGAGCUGUUUUGGUGGCACAAGGGGGACCUACUCAGAAUUAGACAGGUGUUUUUAAUGUUACGGCUGAUCAUUUUAUAUUUUAAACAGUGCGGUGGAAAACCUAGUGUUCAGUCUUGGAACAAAAUGUUAUUUGUUCGACAAUAAAUAACCUUUUCUCUCAUUGAAAUGUACAGAAUGUUUUAGAAAAGGACUGGCUGUAUAAUUUGAUAUAGGUCGCCAUUGCUCUUUGCCAUCGAGUAUUUAUUUAAUAGUAGAUAGGAAACACAAGCCAGCUUCCUAAAGGAUGAGCUGUUUGGCUUUGCCUUUCCCUCAGGGAUGUGUGAGUGCUGUAGUCAGGCUCAUGGACUUAUUUAUCCACAUCUAAAGCAGCUCAGACAUGCUAUUUCCUUCAGCCCAGAUCAGAAGUCAUGCUCUGGUUAAAAGGCCGUCCCUGAUCCCUGUGAUCAGCAUAUGUUCUGAGGUCUUAGGCGGGUGAACAAGACACAAGUUUAGCCCUUCUUAGUUAAUCUCCCUUAUCAAAUCAUUUCAAAAAUGAUUUUGAAAUGGCCUAGUGCUUGUAAGAGCUACAAAGUGUGAAUCAAAGGCCAACAUUCUGGAGUAAAUUAAUUGUACUGUAUAUAUCUCGAUAAUCACCUAACCUUGUAUCAGGUUACAAUAAUAUCACAAUAUAAUACUGUACAUAAAAUUCUGACCUAGACACAAGCUCUGAUUUUGCAAAGCCAAGUAUAUUAUGGGAUAUAUAUGUAAUAUAGCACUGUUUCAGUAUAUUAAUUGUACGAGGUCUAAUGUGGGGCAUUAAUUUAUUAAUAAAAUAAACCGUGCGUCAA